AUGUUCGUCAUUGCAAGAUGUAGAAAUAAAAGAUUGACCCUUAAGAGCUUAUCAUGGGUGAAGCCGUCAACCUUUCGAUUUGUUUCGACUGAAUCAUUGAGCGUAAAUGCCGCCACGAGACCAGAUGGUGUUUUCAAUUAUUCAUCACAAAACAAUAGAGCCUAUAUUAAGAUACGAGGACCUGACACCGUGAAAUUUUUGAAUGGAUUAAUUACUUCAAAAUUAUUACCUCAUUUCGUCAAGAAGAACUUAACUACUGUAGAAGACCCUCAGAUUUUUCCAGGGACAACGAAAGUUGGUCCAAUUGUUCCUGUGCCUGAAUUUGAUGCUCGACUGGGGAAUUGGGGAUUAUACAACGAAACAGGUAUUCAGGGGCCUUAUAUCUCCAGAUUUGGUUUAUAUUCCGCAUUUCUAAACGGUAAAGGGAAGCUGAUAACAGACACAGUUAUUUACCCUACACCGGUAUUGUUAACUGAAGGAACUCCAAACUAUCCUGAAUAUAUACUAGAGUUUCAUGAGAACGUGGUUGAUAAAAUCCUGCAUGUUUUGCAAGCGCACAAGUUGGCCAGCAGGAUUAAAUUUGAAAAGAUUAGCAGCACCUCCGUAAGAAACUGGAACAUUGAAAUUGGAUUUCCCAAUUUGCCAAAAGACAUGGAAAAUCCGUGGUUCGACAAUUUAUUAGAUCCGAUGGCUUUGUCGAAAAGUUCCGCAGACGCUAAUAAUUUCUCUGCUAAUGUCAUCGAAUCUUUGUUCAAUUCCGACUCGAGAAUUUUGGGUAUCUACGUAGAGAGAAGGACUGAAUUGAUGUCAAGACAUGAUUCCACCUUUCCCCAAUCUUUCAGGCUUGUCACUUCACAGCAGGUGGAAGAUCCUUCUAAGCUAUUCAAUUUCCAGGUCUUUGAGUUUCCCUUUCAGGUAAACAGGAUGGACCCAACCGAAAUGAGACAAAUGAGAUUUCGAAAAGGUCUUGUGGAUAGCACUCAAGAUUACAAGCCGGAAACAUUGUUGCCUCUGGAACUGAAUUUCGAUUUACUACCCAAUACUAUAAGUACAAACAAAGGUUGCUAUGUAGGACAAGAGUUGACAGCCAGGACGUAUGCCACCGGUAUUCUGCGGAAACGCUUAGUUCCCGUCAAGUUGGAUAAUCAUGAGUUAUUGAAUAAUGAGCCGGAGAAAAACUACGCAGAAAUUCAUUUGAGUUCCACAACUGAAAAGGAUCAUGCGCAGCUUGAACCGGCGCCCGAUCCAUUUGUUAAUGAAAGACCUGUACUAUCAAGAAGGAAACAAAGACCUGCGGGAUCAUUGAUUGCUAACGAGGGACAGUAUGGCGUGGCAUUACUUCGAAUCGAGCAUUUUCCAGCAGCUUUUUCCUCCCAUGAGCUUGUUGAAUUUUACAUUGCUACAACGAAGGGUGAAAAUGUUAAGGUCACACCGCAAAGACCGUUUUGGUUCGAAGACUGGAAACAAAAUUACAAUUUUCAUAUAUAA